GUGUUUUUUGGGCAAUACAUAUUGGUCAGAACCGGUAUAUACGAGGCUCCGAGUACGAUAAUCUAGCAAAGGUGCCCACGAGCCGCGCCGUACGGAAGCGUCUGAAGCUGGCGAGAACGAGGCGUGAGGGAGGUGCGGCGCCUGCCAAACCAAACCAUGUAUAAUCACUCAGUGCCUCGUCCACCUCUCCCUUCGGCGUGAAUCAGCCAGCAGAAGCGGCACUGAGUCAUUAUCCCGUUGCUUCCGAGGAAUUAGCGUUCUAGGAUGGUGCCAGUGACAAGGAGGAAGUCAAAGACUGAAACAAAAAUGGUUCCUUGACAAACAUUUAUGACCAUUACCAAUAUGUCCAGAUGGGUGCGUGGUGCCAUGUGGGCAGCAGGGUCAUGUGUGGUGUGGUGCCCCAUGUGCGUGUGUCUGAGUGGGGCAGGUGCCUGGUGGGUAUGUGCUUGUGCCGUGGGUCUCAUCACCGUCACCCUCGGCUCUGGCUACACCACAUGGACAGUUUUCAGCAACUUGAUUCAGCAUGGGCCACACUCAUAUCCAGUUUUUGCACAGUGCUUCAGUGUCUUAGAGCGUGUUGUUGACAGAGGUCAGACUUUCUCACCCACUAACUAUGAAGUGGGGAAGCAUUCCAAGGGUAGCCUGGCAAAAAAAGACCUUGGUGGAGGUGGCAGUGGAGGCUCAGAACUCAUCAUUCAAGAAAUGGGAGCUACUGCUAGUUCACUCCACUCUUUCUUGGUCUUGCCAUGGUACUCCAGAGUCUCACCUGACUCACAUUUUUCAUAUCAGAUCAAAGAUGUGUUGGAGGAGGUGCUCAUUGAUAUGUGUCGGCAAGUCCAAGAGUCCAGCAGCAUCACACACUUGGCCUCGGGAAUUAUUCAGAUUUACCUCCAACAUUACCGGCAGUAUCAGCGAGCUGUGAAAAAAGUGUCCAAGAAACAUAAAGACUUUGAAUUGUUCAGCAAAACUGGGUUUGAGGAACUACAAGCCAAGUACAAGCCUUUACAUCCAGCCCUGAAAAGCCAAGAAUCCCUGAAGCUGUAUUACCGCAAAUUGGCACAAGCUCUCCUGCUUCAAUACCUGCCUGUUGAAGUGACUCGUUGUGACCUCAUUCUGAUCUCAUUGAGAGACCUCUUUGCUCAAAAUGUUUUACAGGCCUUUGUGGACCUUCUUUGUGAUACUCAGUGGCUUAAUACUACACUGACUGAAAUUUUCUCAGGAGGGGUGGAAGAUAUACAUGACAGAGGUAAGCAAAGUCAAACGCCUGCACCUAGAGAUGAGGAUGUAACAAUACCAAAGUACUUAGAGGAAUUAACAAAUGCACUACAGGUGGGCAGUGAUGAGAGGUUGCCACACACUAAUCUCCCUUCCAUUGAAGAGGAAACACUAACAGAACUGCUACAGCUGAAUCCUACAGGAACUCCGUCUGCUCAACACUCACAGUUCACUGAAGGUUCUUCUCUUGACUCCUCUAGUAAUAAAGAAGAUAAAAAGUUUGAGAAUGCAGAAGAACUUGUAGAAUAUGUUCGAAGCUCAAGCCUUGAGAAGAAGGAAAGUAGUGAAGAUGAAGAUUAUAAAACUGUGUCCUCAGCCUUGGGCACACUCAUCUCCACUACUGCUGGGCCCUUGCUGCCUGACUCCUCUUCUCCUCCGUAUCAGCCCCUUGUUAGCAAGAUGUGGGAAAGCCCAGUAGAAGAUAAGUGUUUUGUUGAUAUACCUCCUGUAAAAAGAAAGAAAAAUCUAUUUUCUCGCAAUGUGGUGGAGGGCAUGAAGGAGGAAGAAUAUAAACUAUUAUGUUAUCCUACUGUUGAUGACAAAAGUGGAAAGGUUGCAUCUAGUCCAGCAUCAAUUGCUGAAAACUCUAUAGUGCCAAAGAUAAGUGAUACAAAUCUCAAGGGUGGUAUUGAGAUUAAAAUUGAAGAUAGUGAAGGUGUAAGUAUUGAAAUCAUUGGGAAAAAUGUGGUACCAAACAUGCGUGACAUUCCUCGUAGUAAGAGCUGUGGAAGCCUUGUAAUUGGUGAUGAGAGUGGGGGCUGUGGGGCCUUGGGUGUUGAAGUUGAAAACAGGGCACUUCACUCAUCACUAGUGGAGUUGGAUCAAGUAGAUGUCAAGGAAAUUAAUAGUUCCAUGGAAAAAGAUGAUUCACUUGAAAUGAAUAAUGAUUUUGCCAAUAAGAAAGAAAAAGGACAUUUAGUUAAAAUGCUUUCUUUUGAUAAGAAUGAUGGAACUGAUGAAGUUUUGUUGGAAAAUGAAAAGUUAAGUGCUCCAGACUCUGAAUUAGAAAAGGAGAGUGAAAGUGAGCAUUUGAGAAUAAUGCCUCCAGUCAAGGAAAGCUCAUCUUCACCAGUGUUAGCAAGCCCAGAGCAAAAUCAGUCUCCCAACACAGCAUCAACAGUGACACCUAUCAAAGAUAAUGAACCUCCUGGGACCUUAGAGCUUCCUGACUCCCCACCAUUAGGCAAUGCUGGAUUUGGAUGGGAAAAUCCAGACCUUUCACCCAUAUAUGAGGAAAGUGAAGAUUUGGCAUCAUCAAUAGCAAAAUUAAGAAAGACGACCCAGAAAGUCACCGUACAUCUUAUAAGAUCCCUCUUAAGUGAAAGAGAGAGUCAGCAUAGCCUUGGGAGCCUGAGCUCUUGUGGUUCGAGUGAGAGUGAGCCAAAGUCAGCGCAGUCUGACCCAGGACGCUACAACUUGGAGAAGUCUCGCUUCACCUUUACUCAUAAAGACAGCUCAGGAUCUCUAGCAUCUGUAAAGUCGGUCUCAAGCUUGGAAUCUUGUGGAAAUGGCAUCGCAGAUGAAGAACUUUUAGAAGCUGCAGAAAUUCCACUUGAUGGACGUGUGUUUCUGAGUGUGUGUGUUCCAUCUACGGAAGUGCACACAGAGCCUGGAGGAACACAGUACACACUAUACAUGAUCCAGUAUGAUGCCAUCUACCUGUGUGAGAGCCCAACCACUAUUGAAGGCAGUGAAGAGGGGUCCAGUGAAUCAGCGCCUGUGUCUGAACCUCGUAUGGUGUUGCAAACCAACUGUGUAAAGAGAAGAUUUCGUGAGUUUCUCACACUUCAUGCCGCCCUAGAGGAUGACACCAGACUGCGAGCUGCAAUGAAGGGUGUGAAGGGACCGAACAAGUGGUUGAAUCUACCUUUCAGUAAAUUAGACUCCACCACUAUUGCUACACGUAAACAAUUCCUGGAGAAAUAUCUUCAGUCUGUCAUCCAGCGUCCUGAAGUGAAUAUAUCGACCCCUGUCAAGGAGUUUUUGGCCUACGGAUCUGAUGCUUCUAUUUCUUUCGUCAAGAAGCCCUUAGAGUUAAAUGUUCCUCGUCUAGACAAGUACCUGUACGGAGGAGAGUUGACGGUGCAAUAGGUGGUGUCACACUGGCCGUUUUCCUUCAACCAUUGGGUCUACGGACAAUCGCGAAUGCCUGUAUGCCCAACUGUUGGUUCCAUCCCUACGGAUGAAAAAUGGCUCUGGGUACGAGCAACCACGUAGCUGUAUGUAAACAAACAGACGUUGGCAGUGGCUGAAGAGUGAGGAGCAGUGGAAGAUGGCCCACCAAGAGACUCAUAAAGUGGACUGGCAGGGCUUCUUUGUUUACUAUUUAAUUGACAAGAUAAGAGAACACCCUGUGCUGUGGGACCACAGUUCAAAAUAUAUAUUUUUUUUCUCCAUUCUGUGAAAAUUGUAGGACUCCCAGUCUUCACAGUACAGUUCUCUGACGAGGUUUGGGAAAACACUCCUGUCCUCCAGUCUUUGAAGCCCACAACUGCUUCUUCCUUUCAUUUAACUGCAGCAACAGGUCCAUAACUUAGGUAAUGGCAACACAAUCCGCAACAGCCCUUACUUUAUUAGCAGAUUGUGUAUGACGCACACCUGGAAAAGUUGGAGUUGCUGGUUGCCCAUACUGCCAACACGGCUUGAGGAAAAAGGCCCAGUGUGACAUAAGCUUUAAUCAGUGGAAGGUGGUGAGGACGGGAAAGGGAAGAGAUGUUAUUGUUUGGAAGGGGAGUCCCCUUCAGUAUUGUGUAUUUAGUGAAUGCUACACAGCACCUGACGGUCUCCUUCCAAUAUUCCCGGCUUAUCGCCCCACGAUGUUGCCAGCUUGCGUGUUCGUAGCUCGAGACACCGUUCGUCACCCAAGAUGUUUUUUGUUCUGAAAGUUUGUUCAUGAACCGAUUUGUUUGUGAUGCGAGGCGUUCUUGACCCGAGGUUCUGCUGUAUAUGAAAUUUCCGCUUAUCUGGUACCUCUGUAUCCCUGCAGUUGUUGAUUACUAGGGUUUUUACUAUACGUAUAUGUCUGUCUAUCUGUCACUGUUCCCUUACUAGAAUUUUUUCCAAGGGGUUUCAGUAGACUUGACUAGGUUCUGGACCCUGUUAUAACUGCCAUAACUAGAAAGUAACCCAUAGUGUAUUUCAGUAGUGGGAAAAAAGGGCUAAAUAAUGCUACAUUUGUAUCUUGUGCCAUGGAUUUUGUAUCUGAAAAUUACACUGAAAUGUGGCUUUUUUAGUUAUAACGUAAUUCAUCUCGAGGAGUUCAUGAAUCGUAGUUGAAACAGUGCUUGUUAAUUUUGUUUUUAGAAAUCUUAUUUUGGAUUUAUUUGAGACAACAAAAGUAGGAAUGUAAUUCAGAUUUUUUGUACCUUACUAUAUGUUUGUUUGGUAUGAGACUCUUCCUACAUGUAAAAGUAAAUAUGUGAUUUUCAUAUGAUCAUACACAGUGUUAGGGUUUUUUUCAGUGGUACUCAUGAAUUUUUUAUAUGAUCAUGC